UCGAAAGCUUUUCUUUUAUCAAUGAACGCUAGUCCGAACCCCGGAGAGUCGACUUAAGAGUUCCCGCGCAUGCGCUGUGGCUACAUUCGACGCAAUGGGGCAGUUCAGUGCCGGUCUGCUGCUACAGGUGGCUGCUUUGUCUUUGUUGCUCUUUUGUUGGGAGGCGAAAUCAACAGAUACCAGGUGGAAAAAAUACAUGGGCCAGAUUGAAAGAGCUGUGGAGAACUACAGGCCAUGUGUGACGGAAAAUUGUCGCUGCUAUCAAAAAGUGAGGGAACAGGAUUUGGAUCCCUUUCAAGAGGGAAUCUCUGAGGAGUUACUGUCAGAAGCAAUCAGCCGACGACUCGGGACUCACUACCAGAUCAUUGCGAAGAAGUUGUACCGCGAGCAUGACUGCAUGUUCCCUGCCAGGUGCAGUGGGGUUGAACACUUCAUCCUGGAGAUCAUUGAUGAACUUCCCGAUAUGGAGAUGGUAAUCAAUGUGCGAGACUACCCCCAGGUGCCUAAGUUUAUGAAGCCGAAGGUGCCCAUCUUCUCCUUCAGUAAGACAUCAGAAUACUACGACAUUAUGUAUCCUGCCUGGACAUUUUGGGAAGGGGGCCCAGCUGUUUGGCCCAUUUACCCAACUGGCCUGGGACGUUGGGACCUAAUGAGACAAGAUCUCAAAAGCUCUUCAGAAAAAUGGCCCUGGAGGGCAAAGAUUUCCAAAGCCUUCUUCCGAGGGUCCAGGACAAGUGCCGAGCGGGAUCCCCUUAUCCUUCUUUCGAGAGAAAACCCAGAACUAGUUGAUGCAGAAUACACUAAAAACCAAGCCUGGAAGUCUGAAAAAGACACCCUUGGGGAACCUCCUGCUAAGGAAAUUUCACUAACAGACCAUUGUAAAUACAAAUACCUUUUCAACUUCCGAGGUGUAGCAGCCAGUUUCCGCUUCAAGCAUCUCUUCCUGUGUGGCUCACUGGUCUUUCAUGUUGGGGAAGACUGGCAGGAAUUCUUCUACUCCCAACUAAAACCUUGGGUUCACUACAUCCCGGUCAAAUCAGAUCUCUCUGAUGUGAGGGAGUUAUUGGAGUUUGUGAAAGAAAAUGAUGAUGUGGCUGAAGAAAUUUCAGAACGGGGUCGCCAGUUUAUCAUGGACCACUUGCGAAUGGAGGACAUCUCUUGCUACUGGAAGAAACUUUUGACUGAUUACUCCAAAGCUCUGACUUACAAAGUUAAACGGAAGAAGCACUACAAUGAGAUUUCUCCUAAACGCUUGAAAACAGAAUUGUAAAGAACAAAUUUCCAUUUUCCAGUUCAAGUCUAGAACUAGAGGACAUGGUGAAAUACAAAGAACACUGAUAUUUUUCAUGGUAGAAUCAGCAUUUCAUGUUGCCAAACUACAACAUAGAAGUGGGGGGAAUUUUAUAAUUAUUUGUAUUGUCUUAAUCUGUUUUCUCGGCUCCAAAAUCUCUUUUUAAAGAAUCAUGACAGGGUUUUUUUUAAUAAGGUUCAAAAGAAUUCAAGUCAGUGGGGAUUUAAGUUCCACUUAAUUCUAAUUUUACUUUGCUUCUGAUGUCCUUUUGAAAGGGGAACUUGUAUGCUUGUUUUCAGCUGACUCAUCAUUUACUACCAAAUUAAUUCCAUUGAGUGGGCUAUAUUACUGAAAGGGUGAGUGAAUCAUUUCCAUCAUUGUUUGGAUGUGACAUUUAAUCCCGUUUUUCUUAGGACGCAAGUUCAUUACAAAUACUCAGUGUACCACAUCAGAAAGACUUGAGAAGUAAUUUGACAUUUAUCCUUUGCAAUAGUUUUUUGGACUAUGGAGAGAUUGUGAAACAAACAGAUUGUACAAAA